AUGCCGGCUGGGCUCUCGGAAAUGCCUGGGUGCACACGGGCAGCUCCACCGAGGCGGAGCCAGCAACAGUGGAGAAAGCUCUUGUUCCUUGCUACUCCACGUGAAAGACCCCAACGAGUUCUGCCUCUCACGUGGAGGCCUUGCUUCGGAAAGGAUCCCUGCAGAACAGUGACAAGGUGCUUGUGUGGCGUUCAUCCUGACUGGGGUCCUAACAAUCUUUUCUCCACUCGACCAGGAGACCUCCUGGCUCUGCCCAGGAGUGACUGUGUCGUGGCAGAGCGGCUGUGCCUCUCGGACUCCACCUGCAAUGCCACGUACAGGAUCCUGGAAAACUGUGCCCUGGCCAAGACUCGCCUCCUUCCACUGGAUCACGAUAGCAGGGUCAGAUGUCUGAAUGCAGAGCUGGACCUUGGGAACAGCUCUUUGCUGCACUGCAAGUGUCACCGGCGCAUGAAGAGACAGGAGCACUGCUUACGUGUCUUCUGGACCGUUCACUCCAGCAUGACAGAUGGUUAUUUCCAUUUGGAGACCUCUCCCUAUGAGAACCCAGCAAAUGAAGAACACUGGAAGACAGAUUAUAAUAAACUGGCAGCUCUGGUAUCAGGCUCACAGUUAGCAGGAGAUGCAACAAACCCAUGCCUGAAAGAAAGUCAUGUCUGUAAUCUGAGCAAGAAGUGUGUUCGUCUGCGCACAGACUACGCCUCCACCUGCACCAGGGCUGCGGGGAGCGAGGACGUGUGUGACCGGCGCAAGUGCCUCAGGGGGCUGAGGAACUUCUUUGAGAAAGUCCCUGAGGAUUUCACCAAGAGGAUCCUCUUCUGUCCGUGUCAGGAUGAAUUUUGUGGAGAAAGACGCCGGAAAACUAUUGUUCCUGACUGUUCCUUCCAGUCUAACACCAAACCCAGUUGCCUCUGGCUGCUGGACUUAUGCUUAGAGGACCCUUUCUGCAAAUCCCGACUGGCUGACUUCCAACAAAACUGUCAACCUGCAGACACGUCUCCAGAUGGCUGCUCUCUGCACAACCAUGCUGCAUGCCUGCAGGCUUACAUGGGGAUGAUUGGCACACCCAUGACACCCAACUAUGUCAGUAACUCCAGUGUGGAGGUCUCCUUGUGGUGUACCUGUGAGAGCAGCGGCAACCAGAAGGAGAAGUGUGACCAGAUACUCGGCAUGUUUGAGAGCAACAAAUGCCUUGAAAAUGCCAUUUGGUCUCAAAUGCACCUGAAGCAGACAGCUCUAGAAAGACAGGAAGACUUACCUUAUUCAUCUUCCCUAAGCUUCCAAGGAGGCAGUGCCAGCACAUCUCUUGCUUCAGAAAUGUCCCAGGUGGCUGAAGGGAAGAUGCAGCAAGACAGCUCUGAACACAGCAGCAUGCCUUUGGCCUCCUCUGAGCAUUCUGGAGCUGCUACUUCUUGGCCUUCUCUGGCUCUGUUCCUGCCCCUGUUGCUGAACAUUAACUUGGCAUAAAUGGAAUCUUUCCUCCCCAUAUUAUUAAUCUUAUUCCAUAUCCAGGCACGUCCCACUACAGAUUUACCUUUGGGAAACAGAAGGCUUUCAGACAAGAGGAAUGGAACAGCCUUAACCCAGAAUAACAGUCUCUGGAAACCUCCCAACCUACUUGCACCCCACUUUCCCCGUGUCAGUUCUCACUGAGCUCUGCAGAUGUGGUUCUCACCAUUGCUUCUGCCAUGUAUGCAUAGUGAGUAACAGCCAGGCUCAUGUUCCAUGUCAGCAGUUUAAAACAAAGGUCUGAGUUCUGUCAGAACUUGUGCAGGGUUUGGUUUCUGACUGCAGGGAUGACCUGACACAGGAUGUCUGCCCACCCCACCUUCUGGAGCUCCUCCUUGGGCCUGCAGUCACUGAAUGGUUUCUGUUGGAAGGGACCUUAAAGACGAUCUUGUUCCACCCCUGCCAUGGGCAGGGACA